AUGUUUUACAAAGGAGUCUUUGGUGUGAGCCUUUGGUGUACGAUAGCCGCUUUUGUGAAUGCUCAACGGCCUUGCCCGAGCGAUGUGUUUGUGAAGCCGGCAGAGGUCCUAGCGUGCGAGCAACGUGCACAGAACGAGCCUGUGAACCAAACCUUAGCUGCCGAGGCGUGUCUGCGGACGUACUUUGUGAACAGAGUCACCGCCAACCCUUUGUUACCAGAAGACUACGCUAUGCUCGGAGAAUUCGCCGCGAAAAAGUUCGGGAAAAAUCCACCUGCUAGCGGCUACCGAAUACGACGCGACAUCAGAGUUCUUACAGUCACCGAGCGACAGAAGCUCUUCCGUGCGUUCAACGUUUUGUACAAGACGGGCGUGCUGCAAAGGUUCGCACGUCUCCGCGGCCAGCAGGUUCUCCGGACACACCGCGGGGCCAGCUUCCUUCCCUGGCACCGCGUCCUCUUGGCGGCGGUAGAGGAGAAGCUGCGUGAGAUCGAUCCGGAAGUGUCGCUGGCUUACUGGGACUACACAGCAGACUACUAUCUACCACUGCCGUCGGACUCUGUCAUCUGGAGCCCGUGCUUCGUCGGCAACGGUGAUGGCAUCGUCCGCGAGGGUCCCUUCCGGUUCAUGUACGGCGGCUUCAACACACUGAUCAGUCGCGACAUCGCGCCGAACGGAACCUGUCCACCCCGCUUGAUCAACAAGGACGAUGUUGACGAGUUGAUGAGAUAUUGCUAUUAUGCGAACAUCACGACCGGAAAUACGAAGACCUACUACACGCAGCCCCACAAUCUCGAGAUCCUACAGAAUGGCGUCCACAUGUGGGUGGGCGGUGACAUGUCCAACACGCCGGCGGCUCUAUACGACCCCGUGUUUUUCUUGCACCACGUUUUCAUCGACUACAUCUGGGAGCAGUUCCGGACCCGACAGUCGUCCUUGAGUUGCCGAGUGGACGUUGAGAGAGACUACCGGGAACCAGGCGACUACGCAGUCGACAACUUCCCCGGCCACGCCCCCUGGGAGGAGAUGCACGGAUUCGAGUACCUGCAGAACCGCGAUGGUCUGUGGCGCAACUGGACCACCGCUUUUUACGGCUACGAACCGGCGCCGAAGUGUCCCGACUGCGGCAAUUCGGAGAACCUCUACUGUGACAGAGAAAUCGAUCCGCGCCGACCGGAAGGCGUCUGUGUGACGAAGACGAAGUUCUUUUGCGUCGAUCAGCCCCCACUUGACGUUGAAAGAGACAAACCGUUUCAAGAGCAGCUAGGUGGCGGUGCAAUUGUUACCCUGGGAACUAGAGAAGAAGGGCUGCCAGGGGACGGUCGUACCAGAUUCAUGUCACAGGAAGAGGGCCUUGCUAUCCUCAGAGAACAGGUUGGGCACGUGACCGCGUCACCGCCAUCUGUAACGUUGAAUGCAAAGGAACCGGACGCACCAGGGAACCUAAAGCCAACGCUGACAUUGAAUCUGCACGAGGAAUUGUACGUUAUUUCGAGCGCUGACAGCCAGGGGGCGCUCGGAAAGUACGAGGCAAUCGUCCGGGCUCUGUUCACCACAACUGCCGUGAUCCUUGCCAGUUUGAUUUAAGUAUUUUCUGCAACUCGAUACUGCCAUUUGUGUAGUUUGAAUGAAUUAGUUACUGGAUAACGAUAAAUUUAGUUGACAACCGUCUUUAUUUGAAUAAAUGGUUUCAGGCAGCGUUUGACAUAAUAUAGUGUAAUUUUAUCAAACAUUGUUAGCUUUGGUGCAGUUUACACGUUUGUUAAUGUAUGGUUAGUGUUAGAAUUAGGAGGGAGACUUGCCUGGUAAUAAACGAAGAUAUAUUUGUUAAAAUUAUUAUCAACAGCUUUAUUUUUUGUUGAAAUUUGAGCAGUCGGAUAUAGAUCAGAAGAUUGUGUCGAUACUUAUCUGUUUUGCGUGUUAUUAUUUUCGUGCGCGCGUGUGUGUGUUUAUAUACAGUUGACCACCGCUAUUUCGAACACCGUGAAUUCGAAUACACUGCAAUUUUUAAAAUUUCCGUGAAACAAUUAUUUUUUUCAUAUUUUAAGAGUAAUUGCUCACAUUUUCUGUGUUUUCCAAAUUUAUUGUUGAAACUGUGUAUUCUUAACCAAAUAAUUGCAGUUUUAAAGAUUGCUUAAUUUAUAAAUUAGUAUUAACCAGUCUUCAUCUGGAAAUACACAUAUCAACCUAUGAAGCAAAAUUACAGCCUUUGGCUUUUUCACUUGAAGAUGAAUCAGUACAAAAUACACUUUCCGAUUGGAAACAAUAAUUGUUAAUUGUUGUCACAACGACUUAUAUAUAGCGGUAUUCAACUGUAGCAUGAGUGGAGAUUGUGAAACAAUCGAUCGUUGCUUAUACAUGUUGUGUCAAUCCAAUCGGUAGGAUGAAGAAUGCAUGUGCUUUGUUUUACAAUUGUAUAUGUUUCUACCAGUCUUACCAAAUACUAUCACUGUCUAUGUUUACAAUCGGAACCAUUGAUUUGUCAAACUGCCAAUUCUAUCAAAUCUACUUACUGACAACCAUUAGUCGUAUAGCCACCUUGACUGCGUUUUAUUGCAAGGAGAUUUCUUUGCUACAAUAUAUAACCUUUCUGACGCCUAACUGUUAUUUUCCUUCAAUAAUUGACUGUACUUGUAUGCAUGGUUUUGCAUGUUACUUUUCUGUGCUAGCUUCUCUUCCAUACGCGGCAUUUCUGCUACUCUACAAAGAGAAUAAGGGUUUGCUCUCGAGACAUCUUUUUCUCCGUAAAUUGAGGAAAUAAAUAUUUUAACGUUGUGUACAUUUCAUACGUACUGAGAAAAUCUUAAUAAUUUCUUCUUCUAAUAAACUAUAUGUUCUAUAUCGCUUGAGCUGUCUUCUGUCUAUUUAUUUCUAAGUACAGCACCACCUCUACUGCUGUCUGUUAAGUUUGUAGAACUAGCAAAUUUGUAAUAUUUGAGCUUUCUAUUCCUUUGAACCAUAUUCGACCUCUGUUCCUUAACCGUUGUCUGUUUUAUGACAACUUGCACGAUACCUUUUGAACGUUCGUCUUCAUAUAACAAGCUAUCCUAAUCGAUUGACACAAUUUCUCCUCACAACUGGCUAUUCUAUAAAGUCUGACUUGCCUUCGUCUCAUAACUAGAUACUCUUAAACCCACUCUUUUACCUUUCUCCUUGAUACCAGUUGUUCGGAAGCGUUUCUUCGCCAUUUUAUUAGUAUUACUGCCUUCUAUAUAACGAUUUUCCUUUCUAUUUCUCAUAAUUAGUUAUAUCUGGCCCGAAGUCUUCAUAGACCUAUCUACUCUUCUAAACUUUACGAUAUAUGUCAUGCACCUACAUGUAGCUCAUGCUUAAGGCUUAACAUUUCGUCAUAUUUUAACUAGCUACAUGUAAUAUAUAAAAUGUGGCAUUUCCUCUUCAUAACAGUACCGUUUACAUGAAAUGACAUUCCUUCUGCAUAUAUCUAGCUACUUUAUGACAUGACUUUUCUUUUUCAUACUGUAUGUCUAGCUACUCUAUGACAUGACGUUCGCUCUUCAUAUAUCUGGCUACUCUAUGUCAUGACAUUCCUUCUUCAUAUAUCUAGCUACUCUAUGACAUGACUUUCCUUCUCCAUAUAUCUAGCUACCCUAUUAUAUGACUUUCCUUCUUGAUAUAUCUAGCUACUCUAUGACAUGACUUUCCUUCUUCCUACAUCUAGCUGUUCUAUGACACGACUUUCCUUCUUCAUAUAUCUAGCUACUCUGUGACAUGACUUUCCCUUUUCAUAUAUCUAGCUACUCUAUGACAGGACUUUUCUUCUUCAUAUAUCUAGCUACUCUAUGACAUGACUUUCCUGUUUCAUAUAUCUAGCUACUCUAUGACAUGACUUUACUUCUUCAUAUAUCUAGCUACUAUAUGACAUAACUUUACCCCUUCGUAUAACUAGCUUCUUUAUGACAUGACUUUCAUUCUCCACAUAUCUAGCUUUUCUAUGACAUGAUUUUUCUUCUUCAAAUAUCUAGCUACUCUAUGACAUGACUUCCCCUCUUCAUAUAUCUAGCUCUUCAUAUAUCCAGCUACUCUAUUGCAUGACUUUCCAUCUUCAUAUGUCUAGCUAUUACUUGACAUGACUUUCCUUCUUCAUAUAUCUAGCUACUCUAUGGCAUGACUUUUCUUCUUCAUAUAUCUGGCUAUUCUAUGACAUGACUUUCCUUCUUCAUAUAUCUAGCUCUUCUAUGACAUGACUUUCCUUCUUCACAUACCUAGCUCUUCUAUGACAUGACUUUCCUUCUUCAUAUAUCUAGCUACUCUAUGACACGACUUUCCUUCUUCAUAUAUCUAGCUAUUCUAUUAUAUGACUUUCAUUCUUCCUAUAUCUAACUACUCCAUGACAUGACUGUCCUUCAUAUAUCUAGCUACUCUAUGACAUAACUUUCCUUCGUCAUACUGUAUAUCUAGCUUCUCUAUGACAUGACGUUCCUUCUUCAUACUGUUUAUCUAGCUACUCUAUGUCAUGACUUUCCUUCUUCAUACUGUAUAUCUAGCUACUCUAUGACAUGCCUUUCCUUCUUCACAUAUAUAGCUUAUCUAUGAAGCUUGAUUUAUUCUGAUCAUAGAUAGCUUCUCUACAAUGUUUGAGCUUUCUUUCUCAUAUAACUUUUAUUCUAUUCACUAACAACUCUAUUACUCAUUGGACCUGACAACUCUACGACAUAUCCUUUCUCUGCAGCAUCUGAACGGUUGUCUCACAAACAUUUGCGUCACCAAAAUACCAUAAUUUUCGCAAUUCUGCACAAAUUUAUUAUAUUCCUGGCACUUUUUUCAUUACAUCCUGAAUCGAUUCACUCUUUUAUUAUCCUUACGUGUUUAAUAAUUUUCUCAUUAUCUAAAAUAUAUUUUGCUUUAUGUGUAUAUUCGUAGCUUUUAAAGUAUGUAUUUCCACAUUUAUAUACUGUACAGCAUUUCUUUUAUGUAACAUCAACCUCCUGGGAAGUUGUAAGAGUAGUUUGCUUAGAAUUUAAAAGCUUGUUCACAUUAUAUAAUUGAGUAGUUUCUUUGCAGCUGAAAACGUAAGCAGCAACUUUCAUACCUUCGUGUAUUUCUAAACAUCCAAACAUCAAAAUUACCAAGAAACCUAAAAUAGAUACAUUGUAGGUUCAAACUAAAAUUAACAAGUACUUUACUGCUAAAUUCCUUUAUAUUUUGUUCAUAAUUUUGAAUCGAUCUACGUGUUUUUGUUAUUAUUUACAGGGCAUAUACACCCAACGUGUUCCAUUGUUUUUGUUUUUGAAAGUACUAACAUAUAUUAUUUAUUGCUAUAUAUAUAAAUAUAUAAUAUAUUUAUGCUAUAGAUGCAUUAAUAUAGAAUUGGUAAGCUUUUAUUUAUCGGGUAUUAAAACAAAACAUAAUUGGAAUCACAACCCGAUCCUCACUGCCAUAUCAAAUUAUUGAACGAGUUAAACAAUCGUAUCAGCUAUAUGAUGUGUUAUUAUUAUAAUUAUACCGGAUUUAUAGCGCCCUUUUUAUGCAAGAGUGCACGUUCAAAGGCGCGUGUUACAAUAUUGUUUUUAGUUUAAAGUUUAUUGAUAUGAGUCGCGUUCUGAGAACACCUGGGCAUAAUGCAUGAGCGUAAAGUGUCGUCCCAGAUUAGCCUGUGCAGUCCGCAUAGGCUAAUCAGGGACGACACUUUCUGCUUUUAUGGUAUUUUUAGUUUCAAGGAAGUUCCUCCUUACCGAAAAUCAAGUUAAAGCGGAAAGUGUCGUGCCUGAUUAUUCUGUCCGGACUGCACAGGCUAAUCUGGGACGACACUUUACGCACAUGCAUUAUGCCCAGUUUUCUCAGAACACGACUCAUAUUAUCUGCACUGUAAAAGUUUAUCAUGUGUAUCGAUAAAUAUAUUAUGUAUGUGUGUUAUUGCUGAGUGUGAGUGUCAUAUGUUUCCAUAGUUUAUUUGUCAUUAAAAUUGUUAAAGGUGUGAAAGAACGAUAAGGCGAAAUGCAUUGUCAAUUAAAUACUUAUAUACUAAUUCAAUCAUUCAGGGCGUUUUGAAAGAUGUGCAUGCACAAAUUGCGAUUUUUAAAACUAUAGGUAUGCUUGUUCAGAUAAAACAUUAUUAUAAAUAAACACAAAAAGCUUCAACUAUAUACGAUUAUUGUUCAAUGGUAAUAGUGUCCUCAAAGCUAUGUUUUAUAAAAGUGUGAGAUACCAAACUACGCUACCAGCUUUGUUGAUUUGUUUCUGUAUACAUAUAAAGUGUACUGUUUUGUCAUCAUCGUUUAUUGAUGCAAACUUAAAUUGAUUAUAUAUACUUUCCAUCAUAUUGCUCUGGUUAAAAAACAACAACUGGUUAUUGGUUGAAUAUUGACCAAUUUUUAAACCAACUAUAAGUGAAAUAUAGUAUGAUGAUUGCAUUUUAUAUCGAUAAACUUAUUUGCAUAAUUUGUUUUGAAUGCAUACGUGCUUUCAAUUGUGAUAUGCUUUUGUAUGUAAUUCUACGUUUUUGUUGUUCAUCGGAGUUGCCCAAUACUAUUUCCAAUAUGAACAUAAUACAACUAUUGUUUUUUUACUGAUUUGCAAGCAUGCGACUUCGAUAUGUACUGCCACGAAAGUUGUAUGUGGAAAUACAAUGUGCUUUUUAUGUUUAUCAUAUCAUGUAAUGGAGAUAUAUUAAACAUUUCAU